UUCUGAAAAUGAUCUGGCAACGCUGUUUGUGAGUCAGAUUCUGCUGAAAGGAAAAAAAACCAUGGAUACCUCCGUAAACCUCCGGCAAGAGCAACUGAUGGACCUGGUGGACGCAAAAUCAACCCUUAGUGGGUCCGGUAGUGAUGAAGCAGAUGCAGUUGGAUUUAACGAAUCGAAACCGGUCGAGACCCUGCCUGUUGGGCCGAUUCCGAAACGGAAGCGAUCCGUGUUUCUAAACACACCUACUGCUUCGAACGCUAAGCUGUACUCUAUGAAUGGGGCGAAACGUGGCAAGGUGUUAAUAUUCAAUCAUGAAACUUUCGAUCAAUAUGAUCGUUAUCCGGCCCGACCCGGUACGGACAAAGACGUAGAAAGAUUAUACCAUGUUUUGCCUCUACUUGGAUUCCAAAAGGAGGAUAUUGAAGUGUACAACAACAAGGGCUGCACCGAAAUCAACCGGAUUGCGGUAAAACUGGAAAACGACGUUGAUCUGGAAAAAUCCGAUUGCUUAGUGGUGGUGAUACUGACACGCGGUGAAGAGAAUAACAUGUUGAUGGCCAGAGAUGACCAGUAUAGUUUGUACAAGUUUAUUGAAAAUUUCGCUCCCACUACCUUGAAAUCGAUGGCUGGAAAACCGAAACUGUUCAUAAUCCAAGCAGGUUGUGGCAAAAAGGCGGAGAUUAUCACGUAUCCGGAAUUUCCCGAUCUGGUUGUUAUCAUGAGUUCCUCCUACGGUCACUACUCAUUCCGGAACGAACUUCUAGGAAGCUGGUUUAUUCAGGACCUGUGCACUGUAAUCGAAAGCUGUGAUCUGGAAACGGAUUCUAUGUAUGACAUUCUGACGGAAACGAAUGAUGCCGUAGCCAAACGGAUCAGCAAUUCCGACGGAGAGUAUGAUAGGAAGAAACAGAUUCCUAGCUUCUACUCCACCCUGACUAAGAAGCUGUACUUCAGACCAUCAACAUAAAUGCAGCAGCGACGUUUGAUAAGAUGCUUGAUUCUUCUGUGGAUAGCAAAGGCGGAACAAAGUUUGACACCUCGCGUUCGAUCAGACAGUGGAAAUGGAUUAU